AUGUAUCCGUAUGAUUAUCCACUUUCUCCACCUCUCUUUUUUACUGACCCAACACCAGAAAUGGAAGUUGUUCCAGGACAUCCAUAUGCAAUGCCAAACAUUGUUAUUUGUCAUCCAAUUCUUGAUAGAUGGUCAGAAAAUGUAAAUACUCUGAGCGUUUUGCAAGUGUUUGUGAAAGACUUUUCUUAUAUGCCUCCUUUAAGGAUGAAAACAUCUGUUAUACCUUCGUAUUCAUGUUAUUUCCCAGAGUGGUCAUCUUAUUAUUCAUAUCCUCAAAACUAUAACCAACCAAUUCCUUUAAACCAUUCUCAUCAACUACCAUCAAUAUCAUCUAUUUAUGCAACAGAAAGUAAUCCUUCUAUUCCACCACCUCAAAGCCAACAAUUACCUUCAUUUCAAAAUACUAUGGAUACUCUUUUUACAAUUGAUGGGUUUGCACCAUUCAAAACAAAAGAGAAUGAAUGUUCUCAAUCACCUUCUCAUAAGAAAUUAUUUACAAAGUCAAGUGGACCAAUGAUUACCGAUUUAAAAGCAUUUGUACUUGGAAAACAACAGCACAUGAAAAGAAGUUUACCGACUAUAUCACAAACGAAAAAAUAUAAAACUCGAACAACACUUACUCCAUUAAACACAAAAUAA